CCGGCAAUGGUUCCACAUGGUCUGUCAUGGACCAGGUACCAAGGGAUGGCGGCUGCACAAUGGUGACAAAUAGUCAACAUGGUAUGUGUGGACCGUACUCAUACUGUAUAUACCAUGCUAACAAGCGGCUUGACUGUGAAUGUGCAAGUGGCUAUAGUUUCUUGGACACUCAAUUUAGGUAUAAAGGCUGCACCCCAACAUUUCUUCCAGAUAGCUGCCACGGGAAGAGCCAUGCUUCUGAGUUCAGGCUCAUGGAGUUGCCGAACACGUACUGGGUAAACUCAAUCUACUACAAGUGGCACCAAUCAGUCACAGAGGGGCAAUGCCAGGAUUUUUGCUUGAAUAAUUGCUUAUGUGGAGCUGUGUUGUUUGAUGGAAAGAAUACCUGUGUAGAGGCUGCUAUGCUUACAACAGGGUGGCAAGCAAAUGACACAAGUAUGAGGGUAAUGAUAAAGGUUCGUACAAAAAGACCACCUAUUUUGAUCCUACCUUAUGUAGUCAUUGCUGGAUUAGCCAUGUUAUUGUUGGCCACUGCUUGCAUCCUCCUAGUAUACUACUACAUCACUAAGAAAGCAAGAAAGAACCGUUUUAGCGUGAUGGUUUUCACUCGCAAGGAGCUCCACCGAGCAACCAAUGGAUUCAGCAAGUUGCUAGGACAAGGGGGCUUUGGCAAAGUUUACCAUGGCAUUGUUAAGUCUCUAGAACCACAUGACGUUGCCGUGAAGGAGCUAAGGAGCACAGAUGACUAUCAGGAGGUUGAGUUUGAGAAUGAGGUUCAAUCCAUUGGUAGGAUCCACCACAAGAAUCUGGUUCGAAUGGUUGGGUACUGUAAGGAAGGGGUGCACCGAAUGCUUGUGUUUGAGUUCAUGCCAGGAGGCUCCCUCAGUGACAUCCUUUUCAGUUCUGAGAGACCAUCUUGGAGUUGGCGUGCUGAGGCAGCAAUAGCUAUCGCAAGGGGGUUAGAAUACCUGCACUAUGGCUGCACCUCUCAAAUUAUCCACUGUGAAAUCAAACCUGAUAAUAUACUGCUGGAUGACAAGUGUGUCCCCAAGAUAACGGACUUUGGGAUUGCCAAGCUCCUCAACGGCAGCAAGGUGAAACAAACAAUCACCCAUGUUCGAGGUACGUUAGGCUACCUUGCACCAGAGUGGUUCAACAAUGAGAGGAAGGUGGACACCAAGGUGGACGUGUUCAGUUUCGGUAUUGUUCUUUUGGAGAUGAUCUGCUGCAGGAAAUACCCAAGUGAGGAUGGGCUGCCAUGCAAUGAUGAUGACUCAGACCCAGGCAUACCUGUGACACUAAGAGCAUGGGUAUUGGACAUGAUUAGAGAUGGAAACAUUGAGCGUAUUGUGCAGGGCGACGACAGUGCACUACAAGACUUGCAAAGAGUGGAGAGGUUCACACGCAUUGCGGUUUGGUGCGUGCAAGUGGAUCCGUUGACGAGGCCAACGAUGCGGAACGUGGUGAACAUGAUGGAGGGCACCAUGGAAGUUUAUCCUCUACCUGAUGACCCUCCGAGGGUUCAUGACUUCCCGGCGCCCCUCCUACCAAGCCGUGGCAGUGCAACCCACUAUAACUCUAGUAGUAUGAUUAAGUAAAUAUUUCUGCAAAGUGUUAAUAUAUAGUUUGCAUUACAUCCACUACUAGAAAAAUGCCUUAAGACACCGGUUGCAGGUGCCCUUUGGUACCGGUUUUUUGAACCGGUACCCCGAAAGUGAUACCAAAGGCUCGAGCCUUUGGUACCGGGUAAAUUAACCGGUAUCUAAAGCUUCUAAAAUUCACGAAAAAUAUUCUCUUUGGCUGGGAUUUGAACUCGCGACCUCUAGCCUUGCGUGUUGCUCCUUUACCAUCUCAGCUACACAGUUCUUCUAAUUGAGAAGGAGAUGCUUUCCUUUUGAAGUAACCCAUG